UCGCCGUCAGCAUGAGUGUGAAUUGGAAACGAUGCAGCCGACUCGCUCGCCGGGUGACGAGGGCGACAGUGAUCGUGGCCACCGUCGCGUUGGGCAUCCAGUUCUUCGCCAGGAAUCUCCUUCAAGGCACAAUUCACCCAGUGCGUGUGCCAGAAACCACUGCCAUCGACAACAGUCCGAUGACAGUCUGGGAGUUGAUCCGGAACGACAACCGCACCUCGACCUUUGCGAACAUCCUGGGGCAGUUCACCGGUAUCGCGGGGGGGUUGAAUGCGCCCAAGGCUCAAUUUACCGUCUACGUCCCCACGAACGAAGCAUUUGAGCAGGAGAAGUUUGCUGAGGAUCUCCCCAUCUUCUACUGGAUGUACCUGGUCGGCUACCACAUGGGACCAGGCGCCUUCACCCGGGAGAUGCUGUCCCGCAUGAACACGGCGCCAUCGUUCGUCUUCGCGGACAUCUACCAGAAAUAUCGCCAGCGCAUCAGUCUUCACGGACUGUCGAACCGCCUCUCAUUUAACUAUCGGGCACACUAUGCGACCGCGGACUACUCGCUGGCCGGAGUGAACGGCCACGUCCACCUUGUCGACCGCGUGCUCAUGCUUCCUGAAUCGACCUCCGACCUCCUGCGCGACGACCGCGACUUUUCCACGCUGCGUGAAGGCCUCACCCUGACCGACGUCGCAGUCACUAUCAACGACACCUCCACCCACGUGGGCCAGACGCUGUUUGCUCCGUCCAACGCAGCUUUCGACAAGCUGGGGGCCAAGACCAAGAAGUUCUUGUUCAGUCCCGGUGGCCGGCAAUAUCUGAAAGCGCUGCUCGAGUACCACGUCGUGGCCAACCGCACGAUGUUUACGGACAUCUAUUUCCAAGAGAGUGGACGGGGAGAGAUUCCGCUCCAGAAGGGAUCUACCUUGGAUCUCCCGACGCUGGUGCCGGGAUACAAUCUCAGCAUCUCUAUCGACGCGGGCGAUUCCGCCCGUCCGUCCCCGCUGAUCAACAACGAAGUCAGAAUCACGCAGUCGGACCUCGUCGUCAUGGAUGGCGUGGUUCACAAGCUCGAUACGGUUCUACUGCCACCACGGUCGCCGCGAGAUGAUACGGAGGGACAACAGCAGUCUUGGUUUGGUUCGCUGGUGCAUUGGGUAACGAGUGAUUCAGACGUAAAGGUGGGAGAGCUGGUGAGACGACUCGAGGAGUUCAUGGACGGCGCUGAGACGUAGUGGCGUGGGUGAACUGCGGAAUGCGCAAUCUGUCUCUAUUAUCCAGGCUAUCCAAGCAGUAUGUACAUAUCGUAGAAAAAUCC